UAAUGUCAUAUUAUAAUUUUAUAGGUGGUUUACAUAUUUUAUAUUUUAUUUACAUUUUAUGCAUAUACUAUUUACAUGGAGUGAGUCGAUAGAAUAUAUAAAGGAAUCUGGUUAGGGAACACAUUCAGUGCACAUAAAUAAAUAAAAUUAUGGAAGACGACGAUAUUUCCAUCAGCCCUUACGAGGAUGGGUCUUGGGAGUGGGACGAUGCUACUAACAGACUCGAGUUUAAAAGCAACAUUAAUGAAGAGACCCAGACUGUUCCACCAGAUCGUGUUCAAGCCUCCAUCAUAGUGAAAUCCUUAGAAUUCGCUGAUAGUCCCGACUUGUAUGAACUUCUUAGAUUUGAAAAGCGUUAUCGAAGGCAAAUUAAGGAUAACGGCAGCGACGUAGUGACGCUACAAGACAUUAAAGACGUCGUCCUGUUCUCGGCCUCGGCGCAAUUCAUCACCAUACCUAUAGUCAAAAUACUGCACUUGCCAGCUACUGAACGUUUCCUCAGAGCACUAAUAUUUUACUGCCAGUACUACUUGCAAGUAGAAGAAACACUGAGUUUCCGAACGUUGGAGAAGAGACUUCCUUCUAGUAACAGCGUUGCAUAUGAAAAAGAGCUAAGCGAGGACUUACAAGACCUACGCUUUCUCAUUACAAAAGAAUACAGCACAAUGAUUUUAGGCGGCGACCAAUUCGACAAAUACCAUCACAUGGGAGUAAAAAAAUUUUUGUCCGCAUCAGUAAGAGACGGAAUUUUCUACGAAACACUUUUCCGUCUAAUCAUACAGAUAGUUUGGAUAGCUCUCGGUCGGAGAUCUGGAAAGGAUAUCGAAGUUGAAAUCAGUCGACUGUUUAAAUCGGAUAGAUUUAAUUUUGCAGAACACAAGUACAACUUCCGAGCUGCUAAAAAUGUCAAAGAGCAGUUAUUAAUGUCGGGGCGAUGCGUGCGAAGAGAUCGAUUACUCAAAACGGAGUCACCUUUGAUAAAUGAAAUUUUUUGUCACCGCCCAAUCGCGUACCGCAUGUCAGGUUUAGGCGUCGUGGAGUAUCCACACUUGAAUCCUCGGCUAAAGUAUUUUAAGCGCGUCUUGAUUUUACCAGAGGAAGAGUUCCAGGCAUUAGGAAUAACUGUGGGCAUCCUCGGCCGUUCCAGAAAACUUUUUGAUCCCAUGUUGAAGGAAACAAAACAGAAAAGACAACCUAGGAUAGGAUCGUUAUCUAGAAAAAUAUCUAAAGUGUCAGUCAGUACAACAUCCGUCCCUACAACCCUUUUCCCAGACAUUUAUUUGCCGAAAAAGUCUUUUGUGCAGGAGAUUGGAGACGAAUUACCUGGUGAAAUAUACUCUCCGAAACCAAUUGACACUGUACAAAAAAUGAAAUGGCUCGGAAGGGUACGCAGGCGUUUACAGCGAAAACGAGAAUUCGAAGAAAAUCUCAUGAGAAAACGGUCAAUUUUACACUGAACUUUACACUAUCUCUGUUUAAUAAAUAAAUACAAACAUAUCC